AGUUUGUCUCUCUGCCAAACAGAAAACACGAAUGGCGGGUCAACGUCACCCCAGCACUAAUCCACCUGCAGCUGUCUUCUGGAGGAGCGGUGCGUACUAGCUGCCACAGGGUGUGUGUUGGCGGUGAUGGUGUUCUGUCGUCGCUCACCCGUGACAGGCGAUUCUUUUCACUUUCUUUGUCUCCUGCUGCUGCUCUCUGUGACGUCACUGUGUUCAAAACCGAACUGUUCGGGAGGCGAUUCAAAAUGCCAGCACCGGUAUGGAUCAGAAGAAAUCAGAACAAAAUACCUGACACCAUUAGGUAACAAGGGUGUGGAGAAUGAACCGAGAGACAACUGUCCCGUGGUGGGCACUCUAAAUAUCGUCCUCGAUACACCAAUACCGGCUGACGGCUCCGACGAGGACAGAGCAGAAAUAACCUUACCUCCAGGUUUAGAAUUCAGAAAAUCCAGUUUGAAAAACGCCAAACUUGGUGUGUGGACCACCCAGUUCUUCCCUAGCCGAACCCGGUUUGGCCCUUACGAAGGUGAAAUCAUCACGCGGUAUGGCCCCUCGGGUCCCAACACUCACAGCUGGGAGAUAAAGAAGAACGGAAAGGACUUGUAUUGGGUGGACGGAACGGACAGAACGAAGGCCAACUGGCUGAGAUACGUGAAUCCAGCGCGAACCGACACUGAGCAGAACCUGGUCACGUGGCAAGAUGGCGACCACAUAUAUUACUACACGUACAGAGACGUUGUGCCUGGGGAGGAACUACUUGCCUGGUUUGGAGAUUAUUACGCGGAAAAUCUCGGAAUUCACAGACCAGGCUGGUGCUGGAAUAUCAAAUUUGACGAAGCCUGCUGGCCGUUUUUCUACCAGUGUCCACGAGGAUCGUGUUUGAUAGACAUCUGUCACGACAAUGAGGGCGUGGUCGAACAGGAACAGGAGGAUCAAUUUUUACGCGACCAACAAGCUGUCGGGUAUUCGCGGAUGGCUGGUUACAUGGAUUACGACUACCCGAUAUUUGAACCGCUCAACAUCGUCCGAGAUCUCAAAUUGCCAAUGGACGGGUCUAUCCAAGACAGAGCCGAGCGAACGCUGCCACCAGGCCUGUCAAUCAGAACUUCCACGAUAGAGGGCGCUGGGCUGGGCGUGUUCGCGGAGGAAGACAUUCCAAGCAGGACGAGAUUCGGCCCGUAUGAAGGAUUUCCCGUUUAUGACGUCGACGCAGAACGUGACAACACGUAUUCGUGGAAGGUUUAUGAGAACACGGAUCGUGAACACCUGGUGGACGCCAAGGACCCGUCUCGGUCCAACUGGCUGCGCUACGUCAACACCGCCGACUACAUCGACAGCCAGAACCUGAACGUCGUGCAGCUGCGUGGCCUGCGCUACUACUACAGCUUCAGGCGCAUCCCGGCCGGCACGGAGCUGCUCACGUGGUACGGCUACUCGUACGACGAGUACCUGGGAAUCACCACACGGCACCAGUUUUCCUGGAAUCACAUACACAACGAAGCUUGCUGGCCAUUUUUCUUCACUUGUCCAAAAGGAAGUUGUAUAAACAAGAUGUGUCCAUUACGGAAAUGACACCCAUACAUACAGAGAUUGCCAUGGUGACAGUGAUUGUGGUGUCAUAGUUACUGGUGAAACAGAGCUGCCUUCAGUCAGACCGAACAUGUUAACUUAUUUUUCCACCUUUUGAGGAGCAGGAUUAUCUCAUUUGGUUGAGUGCUCGACUGAGAUGCUUGCGUCGUAGGAUCGAACCACGUCAGUAGAUCGAUUCAACUGACUGAGUUUUUUUCAUUCCAACCAAUGCACCACAACUGGUCAGAGGCCGUGGUGUGUGCUUUCCUGUCUGCGAGAAAGUGCAUAUAAAUGAUCCCAUGCCGCAUUAGGAAAAAUAUAGCGG